CCACCACAGCCAUAACCAUAUCACAAACAAUAUCAAACACAAGAAUUUUCAUUUUUCCACGGAGCCAUCGCACCAUGGCUUCCAAGUUAUGUGAUUCAUGCAAGUCAGCCUCAGCCACCGUCUACUGCCGCCCUGACGCCGCCUUCCUCUGCUCCCCCUGCGACUCCAAGGUCCACGCCGCUAACAAGCUCGCCUCCCGCCACCCUCGCGUCUCACUCUGCGAGGUCUGCGAGCAGGCACCUGCUCACGUCACCUGCAAGGCCGACGCCGCCUCCCUCUGCCUUGCCUGCGACCGGGAUAUCCACUCCGCCAACCCUCUCGCUUCCCGCCACGAGCGAAUCCCCGUCACUCCCUUCUAUCACUCCCUCGCCGCUACCGUCAAGUCUCCGGUCAACUUCCUUGAUGACCACAGGUUCUUCUCCGACGCCGAUGCUGAUGCGGAUGUUGACGUCAGCACUGAGGAGGCCGAGGCUGCUUCCUGGCUCCUUCCCACACCUUCUAACCCUUCCAAGGCAGAUCUGAACUCGUCUCAGUACAUUUUCCAGGAGAUGGAACAGGUUCCGUAUGUAGAUCUGGAUUACGGCAACGUGGAUCCCAAAUCGGAGCCGAAGAGCUCCGCCACCACCGACGGAGUUGUUCCGGUGCAGAGCAAGACCGCUAACGAGCACUACUUUGAGCCUUUCGCCUACGGUGGCUACAAGUACAACUCGCAAUCUCAGUCACAGUCACAGAUGAGCCAUAGCGUGUCGUCGUCGUCGAUGGACGUUGGUGUUGUGCCGGACGGGAACGCGAUGUCUGAGAUAUCGAACUGCAAGGUAGCAUCGUCGGUGGAGGGAGGGAACCAGGCAGUGACGGUGACGGCGCAGUUCUCGGCGGCGGAUAGGGAAGCUAGGGUUUUGAGGUAUCGGGAGAAGAGGAAGAACCGAAAGUUCGAGAAGACUAUUCGCUACGCUUCUCGUAAGGCUUAUGCAGAAACGAGGCCAAGGAUCAAAGGCAGAUUCGCCAAGCGCACUGAGGUUGACCCUCUCAAUGGAUACGGCGUCGUUCCGUCGUGUUAAUUUUCCGUCUUUUUGUAUGGAAUCACCGAAUCAAUAACCAUAAUAACGAUGAUUAAUAUAUGCCGGGGUUACUUGCUCUCUUCUUUUUUUCUUAUUCUCCUGUUUGCUUUUCUAUGUAUAUAUUUUUUUGUAUGAAUUAUGCAAUGUAUAAAGUUGCAAACUCUUUUGCCA